AUGUUUCCCCCGUUGUUACGAAAUUUUCCAACUGGGUCCCUUCCUGAUCACUGCGAACCCACGUCGUCUUUCUUGACCGCUAUCUCCUCACAUCUCCACAUCUGUCUCCCCACACCUCUCGCGCUAAUUUCCAUUAUCCUCGGAAACCUGAGUUUCGUGUCAUGGCUAUUCGCCCAAUUACCACAGAUCUUUAAGAAUUAUCAGUUACAGUCCACAUCAGGACUAUCCAUCUUUUUUCUUGUCAUUUGGUGUGCAGGAGAUAUCAGCAAUCUCAUCGGUGCACUAUUCACUAGACAGGCGGGAUGGCAGGUCAUGGUCGCCUGUUACUACGUCUGCGUUGACGUGACUCUGGUGAUCCAGUUUUUCUGGUACACACACUACAAAUCACGACGUUACGAGGAAUACGAUGAUCUGCAACCCCCGCAUCAUCACCAUCACCACUACCAAGAGUCCGACGCACGGGGUGAAUCCCUACAAGGCAACAAUGCGACCCACCAGCCCCGGGGCCCGGUCGACAUGACACCCAAGACAUCGGAUGUCCACGACAUGGGUGUACAGACCGGCUCAACCUUCAACUCCACAGUCGCCCGGAGCGCCUCUUAUACAAAUGAGAAACAGUCCUCACGCCGACCCGUGCGCCUGGGUAGCAGCGCCACCAGCCCACCCUUUGCACUCCCCCGCACAAUGCUGAUUGCAUCCCUGCUCUGUGCCGUCCUGGCAAACGCCGCUCCAACCGAUGUUCACCCAUCCCCUCACCCCCCAAUCACCCACGCACCAAGCGAAACCAUUAUCGAGAUCGUAGGCCGGAUCUUUUCCUGGGCAUCGACCCUUCUUUACCUUGGCUCGCGUCCACCACAACUGUACAAGAACUACCGCCGCAAAAGCACAGAAGGUCUCUCGCCAUUGAUGUUCCUCGCAGCUUUCUGUGGAAACUUCUUCUACUCAACCUCGUUGCUGACGAACCCCAACGCUUGGUCUGAUUUCGCGCCAUAUGGUGGCGGUGGCUGGGCCGAUAGCCAUGGCAACGAUCGCUGGGAAUGGAUUGGACGGGCGCUGCCGUUCUUCCUGGGUGCGUUUGGGGUCCUUGGGCUGGAUGGGUUCAUGGGAGUGCAGUUCCUUAUGUACGGAUCGCCCGAUGAGGAUGACGAGAGCUUCAUCAGUUCAGAUGAUGCGGAUGGAAAGCGUGGUCGGAGUCGGUGGAGACGUGUGCGCGGAUGGAUGCGUGGCUGGAUUCCUUCGACUUCGCCACCUCCCGGUGAGCGAGAGCGCUCGCGUUCUGCGAGACCGCAGGAAGGACAAGCCCUUCUCGGUGCAGAGCAGGGGCGGUAUGGUACUGUUUGA